UACAUUUUAGCUCUACCCAGUCUACAAUUUAUGACCCCUAUUCCUCCUUUUCAAAAUAUGUACACAGUUUACUGACUCCGAAUAAAAAAAGGAAUUUCCGGGUUCAAAAGCGGUUUGCAUCCAAAUGCACUGCGCAUUACUUUGCAACUACCAUUAGUUGUAUGUCAUUGAUGCAUUGGGCUAAAUACAGCAUGUUUGAAAAUGGCAUCUCUGAUGAAAAUAGUCGUCAUUGUUAUCGGAUUGCCCUAUUUUUACAGAGUCCAUGGCCAGAUUCUGACGGUCAACCUGCAGUCUGAUGAGAGUUAUUCGUGGAACCCAAGCACGUUAUCAUGUUCCUACACUGUGUCUGGUGCCCGUUAUAAUUUUUGGAAUCUGCAGUGGUAUAAAGGGAUUACCAUAUCUGAUCCCUUGGCCAUUAGCAUAGCUGAUUUCUUUGGAGGAAUAUCAAGUCCCCGUCUCUUCAAUGGCUAUGACGACACUUCAAAAUACACUCUAUCAAGAGACAGUGCUAGUUCUAUUAGUACUCUGCACAUCUUGUCUGUGAACUUCACCAAAGAUAGUGGGAGAUACUGGUGUAGGGUAACUGUUAUUGAUCCUGGGGUGUCACAAGAACAAGACAGUGAUUCCACAGAACUGGUUAUUUUCGUUUUGCCUACCAGCAUUACCCUUUCUGACUCUGAUGGACCCUUCCCUCCGACUGGUGGUAAAUCAUAUCUUGUGGACGGAGUGAUUCACGAAUACACUUGCAGAGUACCAGAUAUCGACCCAGGAGCAUCAUUUGCGUGGUCAGUGGGUGGUGGAGGACUUACCCUCGGUACUACCACCGAUACCACUGGAAGUUAUGGCUUGAUUACCAGCACUGGUACAGCUAUACUGUCGCCCACUUGGAGCAAUCACGGACAGGUGCUGCAGUGCCAAGCAUCUAACAAGAAUGGCCAUGCUGGUGUGAAUGUUGAAGUAGUACUAGAUGUCAAAGUUCCACCAAGGGUUUCCAGAAUGUCCCUACAUGACUCCAGAGGAAGUCGGCUUGAUGUCUCAGUAGACAUUGAUGAAGGAAAGCAAGAAACUUUCACCUGUAAAGCACAGUCAAGACCAGCUGCCAAGAUGGAAUGGUUCCUUGAUGAUACCUCACAGGGUGUCAUUGAUGCACCGAUUGGAGUAGGAGAUGGAUUGAUUAAUACUACAAGUUCUUGGUCACUGACUGCAGUCAGAGGCAACCAUGGACAGAGGGUGAAAUGUGAGGCGAGUACAGCUGAGUCAGAUAUAAAUGCACUCCCAUAUGUGACAGUGACAGUUAAUGUCAAUGGUCCUCCCGACAAUGUUUUCAUAUCAGGAAUGACCUUAAUGACAGAGGAUGUGGCAUCUACACUAACAUGUACAGCAGCUAAUGCAUAUCCUGAACACUGGAGUCUUGUGUGGUCUAACGUGUCCAGUAAUGGAGACAUAAAUAUACCUGGUGCUACCUCAGACCCUCCAUUAUCAACCAAUGGCCGGUACACGUUCACAAGUAGACUGGACUUGACACCAAGUAGACACGACAAUGGAAAUAGUAUCAGAUGUGCUGCACGUUGGAAUUCAUGGACGCCAGAGCCUCUGGAUACCUUUGGCCCUCUUAACGUUCAGCAUGAGGCUAUCAUCACCAAUAAAGGAAUGACUGAGGAAGUUGUUAAAGAUGGAGGUAGCGCUUCCUUAACCUGCAUUGCGGAAGGCAACCCUAAGCCAACUAUGCAGUGGUAUGAUCUGAAUAACACAGUGGUAACUAAUGAGACAGACACGGCUAAGUUCGUGUUGGUGAAUGUCAUCACUGGUGGAGAAGGUGUGUAUGGGCUCCAAGUGACCAGCACUUUGACAAUCAACGACAUUGAUUCUGGCCUGGACUUCGGGAUGUACACCUGCAUCAGCACCAAUGGAAUAGGAGAGGAAGACAUGCUGAAGGUCAAUCUCACUGGAACAAGACGGCCAGACAAGCCUAGCAGUGUUAUGAUCACUGGUCAGACAGCACAGUCCCUGACUGUGGCGUGGACAGCAGGGUAUGAUGGUGGUGAGGAACAAUCAUUCCGUGUGGCUUACUUGAAGACAUCAGACUCCACAGAGACAAGGGCUGGUAAUAAUGUGACAGGUGGUAAGACAACAUACCUAGUGACAGGUCUGGAGGACUACACAAAGUAUGAGAUCAGGGUGUAUGCCAAGAAUAUCAUCGGUGAAAAUACUGACUAUGCCAAAGUAGUGGGACACACACUGCCAAAGUCUCCUUCACCAAACUUGGGGAUUACUGUGGAGUACAACACUGAUGAUGGGACUGUAAAAGUCACAGGGUUGAGGAUAGAGAAUAGUUGCAUCCAGCUUGAAGUCAAGUAUGAAGGCAGCGACACCCGGCAGGAAUGUGGAAAGUGUAUUGCCUCAAAUCGGACAGUGACACUCUCUGAAUGGUGUGCAGCAUCACAGAAGAGAAGAAGAAGAGCUGUAGGUGACAUUGAAGAUGUCCGCGCUAAACUCUGCAUUGGCGGUUUGUGUAGUGAGGCAGCACCUGCUAAACAAGUGAAAGACCCCAUCCCAGAACUCAACCGGCCAGCAGGUAGCACUGGGAUCAUUGUCGGUGUCGUAGUUGCAGUUGUCGUGUUAACUUUAGUCAUCUUACUUGGAGUCCACGCAAAGAGGAGGUUCAAGUUCCGGAACCAUAGCAAGCAGGACAAUGAAACCCAGUGCACAGCAAAGAGUCUAAGUCUGAAACCAACAAGUUCAAAGUCACCCAGAUAUGCAGAUACAGAUGCACAGUCACCAUACCAAGAAAUAACUGAAUUGGCCGCCAUUAAACAGCCAGCGUAUCAGGAUCAAGUAGUUGCAACAUACUCAAAUGUCACCAUGGAACGCAAGGCAUUCCCACGUGAUCAAUUGAAGAUUAUAAAGGAGCUUGGACAAGGUGCCUUUGGCCUGGUUCUUCUUGCUCAAGCUACUGGGAUAACAGAGAGGUCAAAGGUCACCUUGGUAGCAGUUAAGACACUCAAAGACGGCGCCAGCAAGACUGAUAAAGAUGGCUUAAUGAAGGAGCUAGACUUGAUGAAGAAGUUACCAGACCAUUGUAAUGUAGUCAGGCUCCUCGGAUUUUGCAUAAACGACGACCCACCAUACAUCAUUGUUGAGUAUCUGUCCAGAGGCAAUCUAAAAGAUCUUCUUCGAGACAGUCGCAGUAAGGGUGGGCGUGUCUAUGGCAACCUGCAUGGCAUCAGUAAGUCACUGACUUCAAAGGAUCUGAUGAAAUUUGCCAAGGACGUUGCAGAUGGAAUGGCCUUCAUCUCAUCCCAACAGUGCAUCCACAGGGACCUAGCUGCCCGUAACGUGCUAGUGGCUGAGGACAUGUUAUGUAAGGUGUCUGAUUUUGGACUAGCUCGUGACGUUAUGAACAUCCGAGUAUACGAACGAGGGUCGGAGGGUGCUCUACCCAUGCGUUGGAUGGCUCUUGAGUCGCUGCUGGAUGACGUCUACACAACAGAGAGUGACGUAUGGUCAUUUGGUAUACUUUUGUGGGAAAUCGUCACUCUUGGUUCUCGUCCAUAUCCAGCUAUGACCGCUAAGAUGAUGGUUGCUGAGCUUGAGUCAGGUUAUCGAAUGCCAAAACCACAACACUGUCAAGAAGAAUUGUAUGAGAUGAUGUUGAGAUGUUGGGAUGAACAUCCAGAGAGCCGACCUACUUUCAAGAUGAUCAGUGAAGAGCUGGAGGGACUUGUCAACAAAGGAAAGGAAUACAUAUCGGUCAAGAACUUUCAAGAGACGAUUUAUGAGGUCGUUCAAGCAGAAGAUAAAGAGGAAAAGGUUUAACCAAACGAUGGUUUAAGGUUCAGUUACCUACAGGAAUAGAGUUCCUGCAUUUGUUUUAAAAUAUAUUGGAUAAAAUGGAUCUUUGUAAUGUUA